AUUCACUAUAUCCGGUCUCCCAGGACCCUGCAUUCACUAUAUCCGGUCUCCCCGGACCCUGCAUUCACUAUAUCCGCUCUCCCCCGGACCCUGCAUUCACUAUAUCCGGUCUCCCAGGACCCUGCAUUCACUAUAUCCGGUCUCCCCGGACCCUGCAUUCUCUAUAUCCGGUCUCCCCGGACCCUGCAUUCUCUAUAUCCGGUCUCCCCGGACCCUGCAUUCUCUAUAUCCGGUCUCCCCGGACCCCGCAUUCUCUAUAUCCGGGCUCCCCGGACUCUGCAUUCACUAUAUCAGGGCUCCCCGGACUCUGCAUUCACUAUAUCAGGGCUCCCCGGACUCUGCAUUCACUAUAUCAGGGCUCCCCGGACUCUGCAUUCACUAUAUCUGGUCUCCCAGGACCCUGCAUUCACUAUAUCUGGUCUCCCAGGACCCUGCAUUGACUAUAUCUGGUCUCCCCGGACCCUGCAUUCACUAUAUCCGGUCUCCCUGGACCCUGCAUUCACUAUAUCUGGUAUCCCUAGACUCUGCAUUCACUAUAUCUGGUCUCCCCGGACCCUGCAUUCACUAUAUCCCCGCUCUCCC